AAUAGACCAAAACAGUCAUAAACGAAUGUAACGUUAUCCUUUUAGUUUUUAUGGUGUAUCUUUUUACUUACUCAACAGAUUUUGUGUAAGAAAUAUGUCUUAUACAUCUGCUUUAGACCCCGAUGAAGCUUUUGACUAUUUAUUUAAGAUCGUUUUAAUUGGAGAUGCAGGUGUUGGUAAAACUUGUGUCGUUCAAAGGUUCAAGUCAGGAACAUACACUGAAAAGCAUGGCAGCACAAUUGGUGUAGAUUUUACAAUGAAAUCUCUGAAUAUUGAUGGUAAAUUGGUUAAGCUACAAAUCUGGGACACUGCUGGUCAGGAGCGAUUUCGAACUAUAACUCAAAGUUAUUAUCGUAGUGCCAAUGGUGUCAUUAUAGCUUAUGAUAUCACAAAACGUUCAACAUUUAACAAUAUACCACGUUGGUUAGAAGAUGUUAAACGAUACGCUGGUACAAAUAUAGUACAAUUACUUGUAGGUAAUAAAAAGGAUAUAGAAAGUUUGCGAGAAGUCAGUCAAGAAGAAGCCAAAGCUUUUGCUCAACAUCAUAAUAUGAUUGGAGCCGAGGAAACUAGUGCUAAAGAAAACACAAAUGUUGAUGAUGCCUUUUUGAAAAUGGCACAAGAAUUGAAGAGAAGAUAUGGUGGUGAUUCUAUGACAGGUGUAGACGACACUAAAAUUAAUCUUAACACAAAACCACUAGACAAAUGGUACACUUGUUGUGGAUCUUAGUAACAACUCAAUACUUAUAAUUCCAUGUUUGUGUUGUAUAAGAAUAUCAGAUCUAAUUGAUGCUUAGAUUAGAAAUUCUGCCUCUAUUAAUUUUAUCUAAUCUAAUUUUUAUGAUUUGAUUGAAAGAUUACAAAUGAAAAGAAAAAAAGAACGAAUAAAAUCAGAUAUUUUCCUAUUGUAUUUAGUUGAUAACCUAAAGCAUCAAUUCUAUCAGAUAUAUUUUUAGAAAAAGAACUUUUAAGCUAGAAACAUACAACAAGCAUAAAAUGUACAUGUAUGUAAUUUGUAACUUUAUUUUACUUGAUUCCUCCUUUUGUUGCUAGCUUUACUAAAGUCAUUAUUUUCAUAUAAUUCUUACAUUCCUUUCAAAAUUUUAUACGCCACUUGUUCAAAUCAUGAUGGUUCGUAUUAAUAAUUGUGAUUUUGUGUAAACCUGCAAACUGUCCAAACCUGCAUAGAUAUAGAUUGUAUUUAUUUUGUAUAACAGGACAUGGCACUUGUACUCUGUGUCCUAUUAUUAGAUAACCAUAUUACAAGGUCUCUUACUUUGUGAUUAUUUUGUCAUUCAGUAUCUGAAAAACUUUUAGAAGCAAACUUAAUUUCUAGCUUAUAUUUUCAGAUUUGAAUGUUGAAAGUUACAGCUUGUAACUGUGAGAGCGUCUGGCUAGUAAUUUAUUAAAAUACCAGUAUUAGGUGUUUAACAAAUUUUGAUAUGUUUCUCUUUGAAGAUAAUAACAAUAUCCAUGUGUAAAAAGUAACACAAUAUUUAAUUAUAUGUUGGUUUAAUUGUCUUAUAUUUAUGAAAUGUGAUAUGAACAUAUCUAUAUAUGACUUGAUUUGAAAUCUGUUCUUUAAUAAUUAAUAUCAUUAUUCUACAUAAAUAUUAUAAGCACAAUUAUAGAAAUAUUAUGACAAACAGGGUAUCAGCUUUUAAGAUGUGUAUUAGAUUUCUGUAAUUAGAAAAAAAGAAAACCAUUUUGAUAAUGAACAACUAAGCAUAAAAUGUUAAUUCUGUUUUUUAUCAGUGUGCUUGUGUAAGAAAUUUUUUUUUAAUGAUCUCAGUUCACCUUUGUGAUUAAUCUAUUAGAUAAACUAUUUAUAGAUAUUUUUAUUCAGAAUAAGUUUGAACAAUUCUCAAUUUUAAUCAACUUUAAAGGUAUUAUUUUUGUACUUAUUUUAGAUGGCAACAUUUUGUUAUUCAAAGUUAUGUAUUAUUUAGAUUUUUCCUGACCUAUUUCUAAUUAAAAUCUAUAUUGUCUUUAGAUUGAUAAGUGUAUGUUCACAUCUUGAAACUGCACAGAUGAUUUUUAUUCCAAUCUUUCCUGUUUGUUGACAGACCCAUUAAAAAGGAAAGGCUGUCUCUGCUGGAAAAUUCUUGAGUAGCCAAAUAAAAAUGAAAUUCCCAUUCUAAAUUAUUGCUCACACAUCUCUAAUUUAUUGAAUAAGAGAAAAACAAAUCAGUAGUUUGCUAACAAUAAGCUAUAUCAUUAUUUUGGCAUAGUAUAUACCAAAUAAUACAUGAUUUAAUUUUGAAGGGUAGACUUACAUUGUAAGAGACAUUAUACCUCUUAAAUAUUUCUCCAGUUUUUGAAAACUCAAACGAAUUCAUUAAUAGUUUGCAGGCUUUUUUUUUAGCUUAUGAGAAACUGACAGUUUUCUGGUUAAUUCUGUUUUAUGUGUUCUGUAAUUUAUCUUAAUGUGUUAUUUCAUUGCAUUUAAAAAAGUUAUUCGAUAAUUAAUCAAAGUUGAAAAUGAUUCUUUAGUUCACUGGCCUUCAUUACUGAAAUUAAACCUUAGGUACAUAUGCAGUAUUAUAUUACAAAAUGCAUAUAGGGUAGUUAGAUCCAUUCAUAAGGCAAGCUAACUCAAACAGCAUUUCAAGGAGGGUUACAGAAACCAAAAAUUCAUGUCAUUAUUGCAUAGAGCAUUUGAUGUACCAGUGGCCAAAGGAAAGAUAACUGCUUUAUCAAAAACCAUAGUCUGUAUACAUGAUGAGGAAUAAAACUAGGAAUGGUUUGUAUGUGUAUUUCUAUUGAAUUUUCCCAGAUUAAAUAUAUAUUGUAUGGAUUGUGGAUCAAUUAAAUGCAUGUCUUUAUUACUUAGUAACUUAGUGUUGUCUAUUCCCUAGAUAUUUUUGGACAACACUGAAAUCAACAAGUAUCUCUAUGAGUUAUUUUCUUUGUGGGUUUGAGUGUAAUCAUAUUUUUAUAUUAUAUUAUUCUGAUUUUAAUAUUUAUAUAAUGAAAAGCAAUUGUAAAUAUUUGUUAUUUUGUAAUGUAAUUUAUAACCAUAAAUAAGAACCAUUAUGGAGUUGGUCCCAUUCAGCACUGGAUGUUGGUAUUUAAAUUGUCAACACAAAACAUCAUAACUUAUGAGCAUUAUUGCUUUUAGAUGGCUCAGUUGAUGUUUACUAUGGGUAGACGUACCAGAAUAUAUAUGUGGGUAUAUUCAAAACAGGAUGAGUUAUAUUGAAAUUGUGAUCUAAUGAAGAUUGGUGUUGAAAUUGUAGUUAAUAUUAGUUUAUUAAAGGAGGUAAACACUUUUGAUUUAGGUCGCAGUAUGAAUUAUAUAAUUAACAUAUGAAUAGAGUUAAACCAUUUUGAUUUAAGUCACAAUUAAGUAUUUUAUUGGGUUUACCCCUUUCCUGAAUUAUUUUACUGUCUUGAAUAAUCAAUUGUGGAAUAAACAGUUUUAAUGAAUGGUGUAGUAAAUGUAACAAUAUGUUCCCAAAUUCAUUGGUUUAGAAUUGACUUUAAACCUGUUUAAUGUUAAUAUUUAUAUUCAACUGAGUAUUGGGUUAACAACCUUUAAUAAGACCUAGUCUUCCAGCCUUGCAAGUUAUAACACUUCUUUUAUAUUAUUGGUUAUAUCUUGUUAAUAUUUUUAUUCUUCUUUCUUUUUGGUUGAAAUAAUGAUCAAGUUGUGAAUAGUUAUGAAAUGGGUACAUUAUUUAUAUAUUGUGUAAAGACUAUAUUAUUUUUAUCUGUGAUGUAAUCCAAUUAUUAUAUGUUUAUAUUAUGUACAUAUAUUUUAUAUCUACCCAAAUAUGUCUGUACAGAUUUAAUGUAAAUUAUAAACAUGUUGUCAAGUGUUAUGUAACCACGUACUCGACCGACCCAGACUAUUUGAAUAAUUAUCGAUUUACUUCAGUAGCUUCUGGACUAAUGUUGUACUAUCCUAUUAGUGGAUCAUUGGGUAUUCUCGGCAAAUACUGAAUUAUGUGACAUCUUCACUAUCUAUUGGUUAGUCUCAGCAUCUGUUGGACUGUUGCUCUGUCUGCGGAUGAGUGGACAUUUACAGUUUCUUAGCUAUGUUAACUGCUGCAAUGAGAAGUAGUAUCGGAUGUUUCAGAUAUCUUCUGGACCACUAACAAGCUUUUACCUGUGAUGAGUGACUAUUAGCCAGCAGAUUUCCUGGUAUAUUGGAUUUUCAACUGGCCUCCAGAUCAUCUGGACUAUCAGCCAGGCUAUUCAUCUAUUGGACUAUUUCUGUCACAUAGUCAUAAAGAAACAACUAUUCUUUCAAUACACUGGCCCUUGAGCUUAAACCCUCUUCAGCUACUGGCUUUCUGUCACUUUGAUUCCCCUUUAAAAGGUAGUGACUCAAACCCACAGGGUCAAAAGUUAACUAUUGUUUAUUCUGAGUUAUAAGCUAAGUACCUUAUGCACAUGCCCGAUAAUCAUCAGCUAGCUAGCAAGCGACCUGUCUGCUGGUGUGUUUGGCUUCUGGAAGAUUAAAAAUGUUCCCAGUUAGGUUAUCAAGUCAACCUACAGGAUUACCAGCUAGCUAGCUAGCUAGCUUGUGAUUGCAGAUACUGAGCUAUCCAACAGCUUUACUAUAUCAAACCCCUAAACCAUAUUUGCUGCAAAAGAAAUACAGGUGAUGUGAAUAGUGGAUAGAUUCUGUUGUCUAGCUGUUUUCUUGUCUGCUAUAAAAUUAACAAACUACCCGGCCGGACGAGUCGUUCAUUAUCUGUGUUAUUGCAGAUACAGAACUAUCAGCUUGCAUUUUUGGCAACAAGAAUACCAGCUUCUUCAUGUCAGCUACUAGUAAAUAUGUAUUCAAUAUAUACAAUAUUAAUCCAACAAAUUUGUUCUCUUGCAUGGAUAAGAAACAGUUCAUUUAGUUUGUAUUUGGCCGGGUUCUGAUAGUUAUUUAUGCCCAUGGAUAUAUUUCUCUGCACAAUGAUUAUCAUAAAGAAUUGACCCAAUGUUUAUUUGUUAAAUAUAGUGCUAGUUUUUUUUGUACUGUGCUAAUGACAUUGGGAUAUAGUUAAUUUUACACGUUUUGAAGUAUGGGUUAAAUAUUAAUAUUCUCAUAUGAUGUAAUAAUAAAAUAACAAUAAUAAAAAGGUGCUUCCAAA